UGUUAACUUCAGUUCUAUUAUCGAAAGCAAUGAAGUCGCUUUUAUUUUUGGUGUUUGUGUCGUUGGCGAUAUCUAAUCAGUUUGAAUCGGUUAUCGGUGGAUAUGACUAUUCCAGUCCUGCAUUUACCACUUUAGUGUAUUCGUUUGCGCUGAAAGCAAAAGUUGUCGACAAUACGAUUAAUUGGGAAAAUAUUUUGAUGAAGUUUUUCAGUCUCCCCGACGACCUACUUCAAAACAAUAAAAUUGAUUCACUUGAAUGGUAUGCACCCUUUUGCAAUGCAACAAAUUUCGCUGAAUUGUCAAGUGCUGUGAACAGAAUUCCCAGAGAAAUUAGGACAAAUGGUCCAAUUUUGGACAUAAUACGCAGUAACUUAGAGCCUGUCAGAGAUGCUGAUGCCAAAAUCAAGCAAAUUUAUGUCCAGUUUUUUAAUAAAACUAUAGUUGAUCCAAUUUGCCUAAGAUUGGACGGAUUUAUAACAGCAUUAGACAAAUUUAACAGCAAAAAACUUAAAUUUAGUCGUUUAAAAGCUGUGAACGAAGAGUAUACAAAUAUGGUGCGCAAGUAUGAUGAAAUAGUUAGAAAUUUACGAGGCCAAUUAGAUAACGCCAUUAUAAAAAGAAGGGCGUACGCUAAACAAUUCCAAUUACUUCAACAGAAAUUGAAUCGAUAUGAGCCUCCACAAGGUCGAUCGGAAGCAAACAAACAAAACGAAGAAUAUGAUUUCGAUUAUUUGAAAAUGUUACAGGCUGUCUCAAAGGAUCUAAAUGAGAAGAUGAAUUCACUUGAGAAUGCUGUUAAUGCUGUUGUACUGGCCGUGAAUCAAUAUAUUGAUCAACGUAUUUUGUGGGCUGAAUUCUUAUUGAAUAUACCAUUUUAUCAUGCACCACAAAAGAAAUCAAGCUUUUCCUGUUUUGGCGGCAGCAAAAUUAAAAAAUAAUGAAGCAAUUUGAUGCGAAGAAAUUCAUUAGUGUAAAUAACGCUUUGAAUACCAUAUGUACUUACUAACAAUAGCAAUAAAAAAAAUUUCAUCAAAACGAAAA